GCUGAUUUUGAUGCACGUUUUUUUUCGUUGAUCGUGGAAUCAACAAAUUGAAUUUUGAAAAUUAUUUUUUCUUGGUUAAUUUUUCUGGUUUCAUCAUCAUUAUGUUUGAUCGAACAUUAUUUCAUCGUUCAAUAUCCGAAACAAUAGAUUGUUGGCCAUCUUUUCAGAUUUCCAUUUCAAAUGGUAUGGGUGGACCAAAUCAAUCAGCCAAAAUUGAAUGGCUUUGUGAUUCAAUUGUACAAUUAUUUCAUGAUAAUAAUAAUCAACUUAUUGUUCAAGAUGUCAGUGAUUUUAUAGCCGAAAUAUUAGACAAUGAAUUUGAUACUAUUAUUGAAGAUGGUUCAUUAGAAAUGAUAUCAACAAGUAUUUUGGGUUAUUAUCAAAAAAUUUUAUCUGGUGAUCAUGAUUAUAUCCGAGAUAAAUUAAAACAAACAAAAGAAAAAUAUGAAGAGAAAAAUCCAAAAAAGAACCAAGAAGAACAAACUUUGACAAUGCAAUCAUCAUCAUCAUCAUUACUAUUGUCCGAACAACAAACAAAUGAUCAGCGAAUGAUGUCGGCCACAUCGGAUUCAUUAAUGAUGAUGGAUGAAGAUAAUAACGAUAAUCAUGGUCAUAAUGAUAAUGAUAAUAAUGAAGAUGAUGGUUGGACGGUUGUUCGGAGAAAAAAAUGACAAAUAUUGUAAUUUUUUUUAU